CUUCAUUCAGUCUACGUUUGUUUAUGUUCAGUUUUGACAGUGACGUUUCCUCCUAGAUUGUUUAUGGUUCUUUUUGAUAAAUCGUAACCAUGGCGCGUGUACCACCGCCCGCGUUGAAGAAAGACAAGAAGGAGAAGAAGCCUCCAAAGGAUAACUCCAAAAAUGUUAUGAGAAACCUUCACAUCAGGAAACUCUGCCUGAACAUCUGUGUCGGAGAGUCUGGUGACAGGCUGACUCGUGCUGCUAAGGUGUUGGAACAGCUUACUGGCCAACAGCCAGUGUUCUCAAAGGCCAGGUACACUGUCAGGUCUUUUGGUAUCCGUCGUAAUGAAAAGAUCGCGGUCCACUGCACUGUCCGUGGUGCUAAGGCUGAGGAGAUCCUCGAGAGGGGUCUUAAAGUCAGAGAAUACGAGUUGAGGCGUGACAACUUCUCAGCCACUGGCAACUUUGGCUUUGGUAUUCAAGAACACAUUGACUUGGGUAUCAAAUACGAUCCCUCUAUUGGUAUCUAUGGUCUUGACUUCUACGUUGUACUUGGCCGACCAGGAUUCAAUGUAGCACACAGAAGACGCAAGACUGGCAAGGUUGGUUUCCCCCAUCGUUUGACAAAGGAGGAUGCCAUGAAGUGGUUCCAACAGAAAUACGAUGGUAUCAUCCUUAACAGCAAAAAGUAAACUUAAGUAAACAAAAUUUAUAAAGGU